UAACGAUAUUACUGCUCUGAUCUAGAUUAGCUGAACCUUCAAUGUCACGUUUGUUGUUUGUAGCGGCUACUAGCUAAGUGUUUAACAACGUGAAACAUGUUUAAAUUAAAUUGUAUAUUAUUCAGUUCUGUGAGUAAGGUUUGCCGUCAGUUUGCUGCCCCCUUAAAUGCAAAUGGGAGAUCUAUAUGUGGAAGCAGCGCUGUCAGACUGCAGGACGCCGCAGCAGCCACCAAAGUCUCCUCUAAAGACUUCAGUCAGACUCCUCCACUGCCUGGUCAGGACAGUCCACUCAGAUGGGGUGGAAAGAAGUUUGAGGAAUUACCAAUUGCUCACAUUAAAGCCACAUACAACAACACACACAUCCAGCUGACAGACAGCGCGGGACAGUCGAUGGUCAGGACGUCCUGUGGAACAGAGGGCUUCAAGAAUAUUAAGAAGUCGACACCAAUCGCUGCUCAGACUGCAGGCCUUUCUGCUGCUGCGAAAGCCACAUCGAAGGGAGUGACGUUUGUUCGUGUUGUGGUCAAAGGUCUUGGCCCUGGACGUCUGUCUGCGAUCAAAGGGUUGACGAUGGGAGGCCUGGAGGUGGUAUCGAUCACUGACAGCACCCCCGUGCCACACAAUGGAUGCCGCCCACGCAAAGCCAGGAGGAUGUGAUCUCCAAAAUGCAUUGAAAACAGGAGGAGGCUGUUGUCUUGUAAUAUGCUAAUAAAGUGUUUUGUUGUAUAACUUU